UCAACGCUUCAGAAAUGGGGAUAACACUGAGCAGAGCAGCUCAAUGGACCACAGCCAGCUCCAAUAUUGGCAAACUUGAGUUCACACCAAUGAAUGAGUUGUUGUUGAAAGAAAUCCUCAGCUUUGUGGAAGAGUUCAGCUCCCAGCACCCACAGCAGGCAGAGCAUGUGUUCAAGGAACCGCUCCAGUGGACUACCACUUUAGUGGCAUCUGAUUUCAAAACAGACUAUGACAUCAGUGACUCAGUUGUUCAGUCCCAAGAGAAAGACAGUGAGGGCCAUCCACUGUUGCUGCUGUCCCCUCCUAAUGUUUAUGUACGCAGCUUUAGCCAGCUCUGUAAACUUGUUCAUCUCACAAAUGAUAAAAAGCUGGAGGAGGUUCGAGCAUGUCUUGAAGAUAAUAGAAACCCUGUAGUGAAAGUUCUUGGUCCCAGUUUUGCUGCUGAGCUGGAGGGAGAUAACCAAGAUGAGACUCGUCUCUUUGCCAAAGUGAAAGAGGAAGAAGAACACAAGGACACAGACGAUAAGGUGAAACUGUUCCUCUUGCUUCAGAACCUGGACAAGCAGCUCCUAAUCAAGCUUCUCCAUGAGAUUUCUCAACAAGUAGAGCUUAACCCUGCCGCAGUGAAGAAUGAAGUGGAGAUGUUGAAACGGUCCUGCGGUAACGGGGAAAGCAGGCUGCUGAAGUCAAUUCAAUACACAUCAGAUUAUGAAUUUUCAAAUGGCUGCCGUGCCCCUCCAUGGAGACAGGUCCAUGGUGAGAUUUGUUACCUUGUGAUUGAGCCUUGUGACUCUGAAACCCUGUACAUCACUUGCAGUACUGCUGGAGUUUUCCUCAAUAGGGGCAUAAAACAGAAGGGGGAGGAGAAUGACUACGAGCGAACAAGUGAUACAUAUGAAGACCUGGUUUCGCUCCUGAAGAGUAAAUCUCCACAGUUUGCCAAGAACAUAAACAAGCAGGAUUGUGCAGUUCAAGAACUUCCAUCAACACAAAAGAUCCAGCAUGUGGAAUCGGUUGAUGCAGAGGAACAAGGCCAACCCCAGAGGUCUUACGAGCAACAGGAAAAGAAUGUGCAUGAGAAGGCGAGACAACAGCAUACGGCGAACAAGGCAGGCGGCAAGAUGAAAUAUGAACCAUGUCCGAGAUGGAAGGAUCUUGGUCUCAAGUGUCCACCUGGGAGAGCAGAGGAAAAGAAACCCAAUAAGAGCUCUGGAGAGGAAAAGUCUGGUGAAAUGUACAAGAAAAAGAUGGCAACAGGAGCCAAGAGUAAGAUGAAAGCUGACUUUUCUGUGUCCUCUUUACCUGGACACCUGUCCCCCCUGAAAAUUAAGACCUCAGCGGGAGCUUUGCCAGUGGAAGUUUUCAGUGAGAGUUCAACCGAGAGUGAGGAGGAGGAGGAGCAGCCAGAGCGCCGUCCAGAGAGUAACACUGACCUGCCCUCUGAAUACUGGCACAUCCAGAAACUCGUCAAGUAUAUCAAGGGAGGUGACCAGAGGUUCACUGUGCUCACUCUGUGCACCUUGAUGGACUUUAAUUUAAUGCAGGAAACGUGCCAACUGGCCAUCCGGGAUGUAGGUGGCCUCGAAGUCCUCAUUAACUUGCUGGAUACAAAUGAAGUCAAAUGCAAAAUUGGAUCCCUGAAAAUCCUGAGGAAAAUUAGUUCCAGUGUGCAAAUCCGUCGGGCCAUCGUUGAAAUGGGAGGUUUGCAGAGCAUCGUGAAAAUUGUGGACUCAGAAGAAGAGGAGCUCAUGGCUUUAGCAGCUGAGACCAUUGCCAUCGUGGCUAGGUUUCCUAAAGCGAGGCGCACCGUCAGGCAAUAUGGCGGUAUAAAGAAACUGGUAAAGCUCCUGGACUGUGUCUCUAACUUAGCCAACCUGAGUGUGAGGCAGGAGAAGGAUGUGGAGAUAGCUCGUUGCGGAACUCUGGCCCUGUGGAGUUGCAGCAAGAGCACCCGGAACAAAGAUGCCAUCCGUAAAGCAGGGGGUAUCCCUCUGCUGGGACGCCUGCUCAAAUCUCCACAUGAGAGCAUGCUGAUCCCGGUCGUGGGUACCUUACAGGAGUGUGCCUCUGAGGAGAGCUACAGAAUUGCCAUUCAGACUGAGGGUAUGAUCAAGGAUUUGGUCAAAAUCCUAGGCAGUGACAAUGACGAGCUGCAGAUGCAUUGUGCCAGUGCAAUCUUCAAGUGUGCCGAGGACAAGCAAACCCGUGACUUGGUUCGCGAGUACAAAGGUCUGCAACUGCUAGUUUCACUGCUGAGCAAAGCAGACAACAAGCACCUCCUGGCUGCUGCCACUGGGGCCAUCUGGAAGUGUUCCAUCAGCAUGGAGAAUGUGGCUAAGUUUGGAGAGUACAAUGCCUUGGAGGUCCUGGUCAACCUACUAACUGAUCAACCUGAAGAAGUUCUGGUCAAUGUAGUGGGAGCUGUGGGAGAAUUUGCUCAGAUACCUGAAAACAAGGCCACUAUCCGCAGGUGUGGAGGAAUAAAGCCACUAGUCAACUUGCUCACUGGAACAAACCAGGCGCUGCUUGUGAAUGUGACCAAGGCUGUGGGUGCCUGUGCCACAGAUAUGGAUAACAUGGUAAUCAUUGACCAACUUGAUGGAGUCCGCCUGGUGUGGUCACUGUUGAAAAACCCUAGCGCAGAUGUUCAGUCCAGUGCUGCAUGGGCUCUUUGUCCGUGCAUCAACAAUGCAAAGGAUGCAGGGGAAAUGGUGCGGUCUCUCGUUGGUGGAUUGGAGCUGAUUGUUAAUUUGCUGAAGUCAACAAACAACGAAGUCCUGGCAAGCAUUUGUGCCACCAUUGCCAAAAUAGCCAAAGACAAGGAGAAUUUGGCAGUCCUCACCGAUCAUGGGGUCGUCCCACUGCUGGCCAAGCUGACAAACACUACUGAUGACAGGUUGAGACGCCACCUGGCUGAAGCCAUUGGCCACUGCUGCAUGUGGGGCAGCAAUAAAGCAUUGUUCGGUGAGGCGGGGGCUGUUGCCCCUCUGGUGUGCUACCUGAAGUCUAAAGACAGCUCGGUCCACCAGAGCACAGCCAUGGCCCUGUACCAGCUCUCCAAGGACCCCAACAAUUGCAUCACCAUGCAUGAGAAAGGAGUGGUCAAGCCUCUGAUCCACAUCAUGGGUUCUGAUGAAGAGAUGCUCCAGGAGGCGGCAGCUGGAUGCGUCCGCAACAUCCGACUUCUGGCGCUGGCCAAUAGGAAGGUCCAGUUAUUCUACUGACGAUCAACACACAGUGUAUCCCAGUGUUUCCCCUAGUUGUGUGAGAAAAGUGUUUCAACAAGUGUUUCUAAUACAUUACAUUAAAUGAUUUGAGCCGGCUUUCAAUAAAAUGUUUUAU